AUGCGUUAUCUCGCCCUGAUAUCAGUAGCUGUCGCUACCCUUGGCGCGAUAUCACGAGGCUCCGCCUUGUCUCUUUGGGAAGAACCGUCAUGUCUUUGCCGUGACGAAGCGUUGGAUAUCGCCAAUCGGUGGCUCAGCAUCUUCUCGACCGGUGGCGUUUCCGGCAAGGAGGAGGUGGCCACGAUUGUUUCACAGGAUCUCGUCAGCGCCGACGAAACCUUUGGUCCGCCUACCUACGGAAUCGACGCCUUCUGGGAAGCCAUCAAGACACCGUCCAACCUUACGACGAACGUGACGCAGGCCACAACCUUUUUCAUCCACACGUGUGACCAGAUCGCUCUCAACUGGCAGUAUGAUGCCGUGUCGACCGGCUACAACUCGUGA